ACUCAUGGCCGCCGUCUGAAUUCGCUACUUUUUAUAAAUUCUGUCAGUUUCUGCACCUACCCUGCUUUUGUCUCUUCAUCCCCAUCUUCCUCCUUCUCUUCAUCUUUCUCAUUCUCUCCAUCUUUUCCCUCUUCAUCAACUACUUCUCAAUUCCCAACACUAGACCUCUCGUAUCCGUCGUUAUAUCCAUCCAUCUAUCAUCAAGAUAUCGUUCGUGCAUUUCAUUCUGGAAUUGUCCAAUCGGAAUUCCCUUGACCCUCACUCUUAUGGCUUAUCACAAGACGAGCACUGUUCAGGGCAAGGCAGGCUCUGCUACUCGCAUUGGCCCGCUCCAUCUCCCUUGGCCUAUGCACCCUGGCCUUUCAUCCUCGUCUCCAGCACCUCCCAUUGUGUCCCACGAAAGGGCCGAGUCUCAAGGGUUUGCCACGACUGGCUCGCCUACACAGUCCCUCGAGACUUUGCAGAGCUUUAGGGAAGCCAGCAAUCCAUCUUCCAUGACUGACAACUUAUUCCUUUCUCUGCCCCCAAGCAUCGAUGAUGCUAACCAGCCGCUCCCUAAUAACAAUUCUGCCGGUAUCGACCCCAAACUAAGCCUCUCCAGAAAAGCUACGGGAGAAGUGGACCUCAACCGUCCUUCGAUACCCUCUCAAAACAGUCACCUUGAUCAUACCAGCAACCAUUCAGAAAACGACGUGGAUCACCAAACCUUUGAAUCUAUGGUACAGGAAAGCGCCGAAACUCUUCCCUUUUACGGUGAUGAACUGUUCAGCUCCGAUGACCCUAGUGCUUGGAGCGCAGAGGGCCAUGACUCUUUGAAUAUGUCGACUAUUCACGACACUCCAGACAGCCCUGCAAGCUAUGAGCUUGCACAAGACCCUCACCAUACAAGCCUAGCAAUGGCACCGGUCACAAUGGCUUCUGGUAUCCAGGGUGAAAUGGAUUCCUCUCUUGUAAGCCCUCAGGCUGAUGUCUUCCCGGGCAAGGCUCUUGACCAGACUGACGCCCCCAAGCAGCACAUCGAGAACCAAUUGGAAAUACAGCUGGAGGAGAAUACAGCAGGGAAAGGUGACAACAGUUCGACUGUCAAUCAGUCUCACACUUCCCCCAGUCUGGGAGACGCAAUUGCAGAAUCAAGCACGGAUGGAGACAACAAGCAGAUGGCUUCCAACCCGUUCUCGAACCAUUCCGAUGAAUCUGCUAGCGAUGUAGGCGCAUUUGGAGCAUCAGUUGUGCAUGGCGACAAUAACCUGAAACCUCUGAACGCUAAUUCCAGGGGCACUGACGAUGGUUUCGCAGAUCGUCCUGAACUUUAUCAGAGCUUAGUUUCUGAGUCGCUUGAAGCUACUGAUGAAGACUCCACCUCAACUCAUUUUACUUCACUCGAGGAAGCACGAGAAAGUCUCAAGGUUAAAAGUAGGACACCUGCAUACGACUCCACUGUCCCUCGAACCGUUGCGCAAAAACGGGCGUUCGUCAAAAGAUUAAUCGAACUUUUCUGGUCUUUGGAUAACGCCAUGGACAACGACGGCCAGAAGAAGCCCUUCAAAUCCAACGGUCCUGACCCUAGAAGUGUCGAGUUAGCUUGCUGGGAAGUCUUGGAAGCUGCGAUCACACGGGAAACACGUGGCGCUUUUACUGGCAAGCCACAAAAGGGGAACAUCGGUUCGUUUGCUAGCCGGAUGGCUGCGAUCAUGGAAGCUGUUGACUUGCAUAAGACAAUUUGCAAGCAUCUCCUGCGAGUAGACUUCAUUCACCAGUUCAUCGACGACCCCAUAGGCUCGCGACACCGUGUCAUCUCCAACCAGCGGCUCAAUAAGGAUAAGGCAAACUUGAUGAAGCUCGGCAAGCAAUUUCAAGAUCAAGAUACCACGAAGCCAAAAGCACGGUCGAAAACUAUUUCACCCAAUCAAAAGACCACCCAGUCAACGAACGCAGUAGUAACCCACAAUAGUGGAUUACAACCACAGCUUGCUGUGAAUGCAAACCGUCCUCUGGCUCCAGCUCCACGUGCAGCUCCCUUGGAACAUGCUGUGAACGCCGCACACUACAUGGGAAACAACCCCAACGCAUCUAGAUAUCCAGCACAAUAUGCGCACCAACAAAUGCAAAACUUUAGAGGUGGCCAGUAUCCAGUCCCUGGUACGCCUUCGCUAGCCCAACAAUCUUUGAAUACUGCUAUGUAUUCGCGCACCCAGCCGGUGGGCAACGAUUUCGAUCCCAGCAUGUUGUCUCCGUACAACAACUUCCAGAACACUCAGGCUUCUCAGAUGCUGGGUGUCAGCCAUAACUCUAUCCAGCAGUGGCCGCAGCACCAGCUUCAGGGCAACCAGCGGAACGGAGUAUCAGAGUUAUACAUGAACCUUCAGUCGAAUCAGUAUGGCGAGUUUGCAAACCCUGCAACUCCAUCCCAUGUUUCGCAGCAGAACUCCAACACUCCUGCUACCAGGAAGCGUGGACGCCAGGAAAACCAGGCCGAAGGCGUUUCUGCCCCCUCGAAACGUCGCCGCUGAGCGUCAUUUUACCCCGACCCAACACGAUGUUCAGGCAUUUGUCUACCAAAGUGAUAGCAUGGGGAGAACGGUAGAUCCCUCAUAGAACGAAGCCCCCCAAAACAAACCAAGAAAACGAGAGGGGGAAAAAAGGAGAGAGAACGGCGGCGAAACGACUCUACGAAUAACGAACGACCUAUGAUUCAGCUCAGCACGGCACGAUACCCCGAUUUAGGAGGUCUAUUCUACGCAAGUUUUAAGGAUACUGGUGAUGGUGUCUUAGGGGGUUACCGAAAUGUUUCAAGGGAAUUACAAUAACAUGCUCUCUUUUAUAUUUAUUUUGCCUUUUCCUCGGUUUUUAAUCCCGCGUUUUGUUGUUGUCGGUUGAUUCUAUUAUGCAUAUUUGGUUGAUCCACAUCAUUCAGGUUUGUCAUACCUAUUAUUUGGCGACUUUAUGACUUAAUUUGCUCGCUUUCUGUUUU